UCCACCCUGGAGGACCUGCAAGGCUUCUGGGACAUAGUCUGUCUGCAAGUGAGAAACGUGGACGCGUUGUACGAACACAUCGCCCAGCUGAAGGCCAAUAACUGGCAGGAGGUGUCAUCCCCGACCCCUAAGCCGCCGUCCACACCGUCAUCCAGCACGCCACGUGCUCGGGCACGCGCCACGCCUGCACUCAAGAAUGAAAAGGCGCGCUUAGCGGCAGAAAAACGUGAGGCUGAUCGGAAGGCCAUGCUGGAACACAGGAGGCGCGUGGCUCGAGAAAGACAACUGGCGGCGCGUACCGCCGCUGCUUGCAGCCGCGAGCAAGAUCAAGACAUGGGCAUUGAGGGUAGUCAGGAGGUAGAAAUCUUCGUUGGAAAAUGCGCGAUGCCCGCAGCGGAGGCGCCGCGUGGAGACGCCGCCGAGCACCGGGACGCGCAGCCCUGAGACAUGACCGCGCAGAGCCACAGACAAGCACCAUAGACUAGCGACACUAAUACACCAUAGACAACCGAGAGUAGAUGAUACAACAACACAAGAAGACUAAAAUCUGUGAUUCAAAUUGAGCCACAGAUAAGCACCAUAGACAAGCGACACCAUAGACAACCGAGAGUAGACUAUACAACAACACAAGAAGACUAAAAUCUGUGUAUAAAGAGUUUAGGUAAAAAAGUGAUUCAAAUUGAGCCACAGACAACACCAUAGACUAGCGACACCAUAGACAACCGAGAGUAGACGAUACAACCAUAAGCAGACAGAAGACUAAAAUCUGUGUUUAAAGAGUUAAGGUAAAAAAAUUGAUUCAAAUUGAGCCACAGAUAAGCACCAUAGACAAGUGACAAGACUAGAACCACAAAAACUGUGUUUUUAAAGGACUUUUUAGAUUAAACGUGUUUGUAAUUGAACCACAGACAACACCAUAGACUAGCGACACCAUAGACAACCGAGAGUAGACUAUACAACAACACAAGAAGACUAAAAUCUGUGUAUAAAGAGUUUAGGUAAAUAAGUGAUGCAAAUUGAGCAACAGACAACACCAUAGACUAGCGACACCAUAGACAACCGAGAGAAGACUAUACAACCACAAAAACUGUGUUUAUAAAGGACUUUGUAGAUUAUACGUGUUUGUAAUUGAGCCACAACACCAUAGACUAGCAAGACCAUAGCAAACCGAGAAUAGAUGAGACAACUACCAAACCAGUGUUUUUAAAGUGCUUUCUAGAUUAAUGUUUCAAGUUGAGCCACAGAUAAGCGAGACCAUAGACAACGGACUUUAGUACCACAAAAACGACUUUGCAGGGAAUUAGGUGUUUGAAAUUGAACCAUAGAAAAGUGACAGAAUACUGUGGUACUAUAGCAUAGACCAGUGACAGCAGACUAUGGAAUCGCAGUGAAGUGACAAUAAACUGUGGAGCCAUAGACAAGUGACAGUGAACUAUCGCGAUCUGAUUGCAUGGAAGACAGAUUUUGUAUUUGAACAAGUAACCGAAUAAUUCGAAGAGUUUCCAUAUAAAAAGAAUUACAUACUUGUUGUCCUUUAUGAAUUUUUCAAAUUCUCUCUCGCCACAAGAUCGUAGUGGACCCAAAGUCAAGCGCAUACAUCGUUGAAAUUAAAAACUUUAUCCCCCUUAUUGCAAAAAAGUGAAACCCGGUAUGAACACUGGUUUAAAAUUACAUUUCCAAACUAAAUGUCAAUUUAGUUCAGAGUUCAACCAGUCUAACUUUUUGUAAUAUCCCUUAUUGCAUAAAUGUAAAUUAUAGUCUAAAAUAUAUGUACAGUCAUACGCAAAUGUGUCUAAGCUUCGACCUGUGUCGGUUAUUUUACUAAAAUCUGUCUAUGAAUUAAGAUAAUAUGUACUUGUUAAUGUAAAUUAAAUGUAUUUUGCUGUCCAAAAUGAAAUAAGCAUUUAUCACGCUUCACUAUAAUGAAAGCUUUGCGGCCAUUUUGAGGAAUUUCGACUAUUUGUAUAAAAAUUUGGAAAAUCAAAAGACAAAAUUCAAAAAAUAUCAAUCAAAAUCGUAACUUGUAAAAGUUCUGUGUAAAAAAUUAUGUACAGUCACCAGCAUCUUAAACUAAUAUAAACUGUAAAAAAAUAUUUUGAACUCUAAAUUGAAGACAUUUAUUUAUUUGCUGUGGACUGUACUGUCUAUUAUAAAUUGCUUUGCGAACAAAUUGUACAUAAAUAUACAAAUAUUUGACGAAAACGUGUAAAAAAUCUACAAACACAUCAUGAGCUUGUAAUAUUUUAUUUCCUCCGAAUUUUAUCAAUGUUACCCCUCCCAUUCUCAUUGUUAAACCUUAUUUAUACUAUACAUGUUAAUAAAAAUAAUAUUUAUGCUUGAAAACAUCGAAUUUAUAAUAAUGGCAUCUGAAAAAGCGGUCAUGUGGUUUUGUAAAUUCGUUAGACAUUCUAUUAGACUGUUAUUAAAAUAAUAAUAUACUGUGGCAACACUGCGCAUUUAUAACAUUUUUAGGCUGGCAACAUUGUAAAUAUGAUUGUGUAUUGGGCGAUGGUAUGAAAAAUCCAUUUGACAAAAAGCACGGCGAUAUUUUCUUAACGAAUUGAUUGUAUUUACGAUGGAGUAGUAGAGUGAGAUAUACCUGUGAAGAGGGAGACAGCACAAUUGGCUAGAAAAAUAUACAUAUUCAUUUAUUUGAAGGUCUGAAAUAAUAAUAUUUGCACAUAUUUUUCUAGCCAACUGUACUUUUAAUAAAUAAUUAUGAUACUCAAAUGGAAUAUAAAAAAUCGUAUUUUUACACCGUUUCUAUUGUCAUUUGUUUUUGUAUUUGAAAUUAUGGAUUGUCUGAAUAAAUUAUUAUGUUGAAGUGUACAUUUUUUCCUUGUAGAAUAUAUUGGCAUUUAAGGCUGGUUACAUAUUUGCGUUAUUUCUAUUAUAGUUUCAAUUUAUCAGUGGAUUACCAGCAGAAGUAUGCAAUCACCUCUGUUUUGUUCCGAGCGAUCUUAAUUUGACUAUUUCUAAAGCCAAUAAAAAAAUUUAAUCGCAAGUGUGUAGCUGGCCUAACACUAAAAAUAGUGGAAUACGAUUUUGUACAUUCCUUAUUUAUUAUUAUAUUUGACGACAUCAAGUAAUUAAGUAUUAAUCUAUACCUUAUUCUAAAUCUUGCUGUUUUGCUCACACUUUUACUGAAAUAUGAAAUAGAUUAUUGCACUUUUUAGGUGUACAUCACUUUGAAUAUGUCUAACAAAAUAUGCGCUGGUUUGUAUGUAAUUUGAAAAAGGUAAAUUAAAAAGAAGUUCAAUUUAUUCUUUUGCAUAGGGUGACCAUGAAAUCGAGAGUAAGUUGGUAUAAAUUAUAUUGAUAUCAGUUGUUUGAAUCUGUAUUGCAAUCUAUCGAUUUUUUUACCUCUUUAUCUGCUUGCAAUACUUAGUAGUUCAAAACAUCUUCUAUUCAAUUACUUCUAUUUAUAAAAAUGAUGUCCUGUAACUAAACUACUAAAUGUAAAAUGAUUGGAAAUCUAUCUUUUUCAAAUGAUUACACAAUCGCGCAUAAUAAUAAUUAAUUUCGUUAUGUAGCCGGUAAGAAUAUGAAAUAACCGAAUUAUUAAAAAUUAGCAAAAUUUACAAAAAGUAUGCUUAUGAAUUUUACAGUUUACACUUUGGAAUGCAGUUGACAAUGUUCUUGUAUAAUUUAUAUUUGUUAAAAUUUCUUGUAAUAUGUUAUGUUUUUGAUAUUGGUUGAUGUUCGUAAGACUUGUCAGGUACAAGUGUUAAUUAUUAUGGCAUUUUUUAUGUAUUUUAUAAAUUUUUAAGUACCAGAAAUAUAUUGCUACUACAUUUUAAACUUUUCCUGACCGAGGAGACAAAUAAUGAAAUAAUAAUUCUCUUUUUUAUCCAAACAAUUUUUAUUUAAUGGUUAAUUAACAGGUUGUUUAAUAUUAUACCACGCAAUUUGAAUCAGUUUCAAUAACUACAACUUCAUUUUAAAAAUCAAAUUAAAUCUUAAAAUUAACUUAAAAAAUAAACUUUAAUGAUAGAAUAUGAAAAUAAUUUUGUUAAAAAAACAUAAACAACAAUCAAUUAAACUUAUAUUUUGGUCAAUAGAACUCCGAAACAAAUAAUUUUAAAGCGAAUAAUUAUACACUAUGUGAUCCUUUCAUAAAUAUUUAUCUGAGGCAUUUCCAAAGUGUAGCCAUCACAAAAAUUAUACUAAAAUCCUUCACUCGCUUAAAAACAAAAUCCAUAGAUAUAAUCCUAAAAUGUAUAUCUGCUGAAUAUAUUGUAACUAUAAUUAUUGAUUUUUAGAUAAUAAUGCAAAUAAUUAGUCAUUGGAAUUACAUAAUUUUACUUGGAAAUAUAGUUUUAGUAAAUUUUGUAUGUUAAAA